AUGGCUGCACACGACGACAAGAAGAGAAAGAGAGGCCAGGAAGGCGCAGACGCCCCCAACAAAAGGCCUCGAGCNGCCGCCAUCAACGUGCGCUUCCCGGCCCCUCGCGACGAGCUCUACCCCGUCAUCGCCGCCGCGCCUGGACUCAAUGUGCCCGCCGCUCCCUUCAAACCCUUCGUCAAGGUCACCAACCCCAAGAAGGACAACGCCUCGCCCGCGCCCUCAUCACACUCGCUGCUGCUGCACUCGACAUCACAUGCCCGUCUGGACUUUACCGCCCAACAGCAAUCCAACCAAGACUUGACCCACUACGUCGCCGUCUACGAUCCCCAAUCCUCUUCACUCCAGGUCCUCCCCGCACACGCCGUCACUCUGCGCACCACCCUCCGCGCCGAAGCCCAGGAAGUCGCCGCUCAGAAUGCCGUCCGUACUUUUGCUCAACAACGCGAGGACCUGGGCCAGGCCUUCGGUACAAAGAAGGCCAAGAAGGCUCUUGCUUCCAAGGUUGAGAACGCCAUCACAUCCAACGCCGACAGGAAUCGCACCGGAGCCAAGCUCGAUAACGUCGAGACUGCCGUCAUGGACAGCGUCAAGGAGGCUUCGGAUGCCAUGCCCGCCAAACAGGCUCAGCAGGAGGAAAUCCUGGCAAACAAGCCCAUCCCCAAGCCCAACCUCAAUGCUACCGAGGCCGAGAACGUCUACCCCAUCGGCAUGCUCAUCCCUGCAGCCGACAUGCGCAACCUGGCUGUGAAGGAGUGGCAGGACAGCCAAGGCGAGGACCUCAAGUUGUCUUCUCGCUUCGUCGCCCAGCGUGUCAAUCCCAUCGCUGUUCGUGAUGACGUCCAAAGACUCAAGGCCCUCAAAUACCUCAUGCUGCUGAUUGAGUUCAAUCUCGCACUCAAACCAGCAGGAAAGGCCGGCAAGAAGGUGCCACAGAAAGACCAACUACGAGCCAAAUUGCAGGAUUGGCCAGAGACUCUGAUCGAGAGUGUCAGGAGGAGAUUCUCCGACAAUAACGAACUCAACAAAUGGCACAUGGACAACCUCAUCACACACAUGGCCGCCAUCUCGUUAUUCAUCGACGGCUACAAGACCGACACGCACGAUCUUCGUGAGGACUUGCGUUUGGAGAACAAGCAGUACGCCUCGAUGUCUAUCGACUCACAAUUUGUCCCGCUAACGCUGUUACAGNNAAUGUCGCAAUACUUCAUGGAGCUGGGCUGCAAGGUCAACAACCCCACCGAAAAGGAGCAAGCAGACUUCAAGAUCCCCAACAAGGCCGUCGCCGCACAACGCAGAGUCGCCAAGUUGAAGAUUCCCCUCGACUUCCCCAAGGUCAGAAUGAUGCCCCGCAGAAGAUGA